UUUUCCAUCAACGUGUCAAAUCACUUAAUGAUCCAUCAUGAAAAAUGUUAGAAAACUCGAGAAAUAGAAAAAUAGAUUGUUACAAUUAUUUGACAUAAAGUAAUGUUUAAGAAAUGCACAACUCUACAUUCAAUGGUAUUCCAACAUCAGAUCAUUAUUCCAAUACCUCUAAGCUCUAAUCCCAUGACCUCAUACAUGUUUCACAACUCUGAUUACAUUGCAAGGCACAAAUGCUUUUGUUUAAGAAUAGAUAAACUAUCAAUCAUGCCUGCAUGUUCUGGAUUUGCAUAGAGAGAUACCUAAGAAUUCUUUGGCAGGGGUUUUUCCCAUGGAUGUCUGUCGCAGGGGACUUCCAUUUUGCUCCAAGACUUUAUUACAAAACACACUCAUCAUCAUGUAUGAUAAGUGUGGAAGUUUAGUUGAUGCCCGCAAAAUGUUCGAUAAAAUGUCUGAAGCAAACGUCUUGUCAUGGAAUAUGAUGAUUGCAGCUUACAGAAGACAUGGGUUCCCUCAAGAGGCAUUAACGUUGCUUCAGGCAAUGCAACGAGCAGAAGUCCAAGAGAAUCAAUUCACCUCUGCGAUAAUUCUUUCGGCUUGUGCCAACCUGGGAGCACUGGGACAGGGUAUGGAAAUCCACCAAAAAUUAUUUCAAAGUGGUUUUUUAUCAGACGCUGUAGUUGUGAAUUCCCUGAUGGACAUGUAUGCAAAAUGUGGAAAUAUGCAGAAGGCGCACCAAUUGUUUGAGAAAAUGCAUAAUGCAAAUGUGGUCUCAUGGACCACCAUUAUUACAGGAUAUGCACAAAACGGUGACCUUGACAAUGCUCUAAGGCUUUUCAAUGAAAUGCCUCAACGCACCGUCGUCUCCUGGAAUGUGAUGAUUGCAGCAUAUAUCCAAAACGGUAUUAUUAAUGAGGGUUAUAAGCUUUUUAAGAAAAUACCUCAACCAAAUGUGGUGUCGUGGAAUGCCAUCAUUACUGGAUAUGCGCAAAAUGAGCUUGGUGAGAAGGCUUUGGAGAUUUUUAAACAAAUGCAAUUGGCUGGUGUAAAACCAAACUCGGUAACCAUUGCUAGCAUCCUUCCAGCAUGCAUGAAAAUGAGAGCUUUGGAACUUGGAAUGGAGAUCCAUCGAGCAACACUUGAAAGUGGAUUAGUAUCAGAUGCUGUAGUUGUGAAUACCCUGAUAGCCAUGUAUACCAAAUGUGGAAGCAUACAGAAAGCACGUGAAAUGUUUGACAAAAUGCCUACACAAAACGUAGUCUCAUGGAAUGCAAUGAUUGCAGGAUAUGCACAAAAUGGGCUUCCUGCAAAAGCUUUGGAGAUUUUUGCGCAAAAACAACAAAUAGAUGUCCAAUCCGAUCAGUUUACUUUUGCUACCGUCCUGCUAGUGUGUGUCAAAAUGGGAGCUUUAGAACAGGGUAUGGAGAUCCAUCAAAAAAUAAUUGAAAGCGGAUAUAUGGAGGAUGUUGUAGUUGCGACUGCUCUAAUAGACAUGUAUGCGAAAUGUGGAGCCAUACAAAAGGCAUGCAACUUAUUUGAAAGAAUGCCACAGCGAAACACGGUCUCAUGGAAUGCGAUAAUUGUAGGAUUAGCACAAAAUGGUUUUUUAUACGAGGCAUUAAAUCUUUUCAAAGAAAUGCCUCAACAAGAUGCUGUCUCAUGGACUACACUCAUUUCUGCAUAUGCACAGAAUGGGCUUGUUGGCAAGGCACUAGAAAUGUUUAAGCAAAUGCAAUUGGCAGGUGUACAGCCAAACUCGACAACCUUUGCUAGCAUCCUCCCUGCUUGUGCCAAAUUUGGAGAUUUGGGACAGGGUAUGCAGAUCCAUCAAAAAAUAAUAGAAAGUGAGUUUUUGUCAGAUAUUGUAGUUGCAAAUGCCCUCAUAGACAUGUAUGCAAAAUGUGGACGCAUACAGAGGGCCCGCAACUUGUUUGACAAAGUGCAUAAUGCAAACUUGGUCUCAUGGACUACAAUGAUUGCAGGAUAUGCACUGCAUGGUGAUAGCAAACAUGCCUUUGAACUCUUUGAACUAAUGGGGCACUCUGGAUCUGACCCUGACGAUGUAAGCUUUGUCUGUGUUCUAUUUGCAUGCAGCCAUGCAGGCCUCGUGGAUGAAGGCUGUAAAUACUUCAAUCUCAUGAUUGAAUCUUAUUGCAUCAUGGCUACAAUUGAUCAUUACGUAUGCAUUGUUGACCUCCUUGGCCGUGCUGGCUAUCUUGAGGAAGCUUUUAAUUUUAUUAUUAAAAUGCCAAUAAAACCUGAUGUGGUGGUGUGGGUUUGUUUGCUGGGAGCUUGUAGAUCUCAUAUAAAUAUAGGGCUAGGAGAAUUUGUGGCAACACUUCUAUUUGAGUUGGAUUCAAAAAAUGCUGCACCCGAUGUUCUUCUCUCAAACAUGUAUGCAGGAGAAGGCAGGUGGGGUGAUGUCCAAAAGGUAAGAAAAUUGAUGGAAGAUAGAGGAAUAAAAAAGAUGCCUGGAUGUAGCUGGAUUGAAGUCCACAAAACAAUACAUGUUUUUUGCGUAGGAGACAGAUCACACCCACAAACCCAAGAGAUCUAUGCAAAGUUGGAAGACUUAUCUUGGCAGAUGAAGACAGAAGGCUAUAUGCCAGAUAAAAGACAUGCACUUAAUGAUGUGGAGGAGGAGGAGAAAGAAUUAUUCCUCUGCCAUCACAGUGAGAAGUUAGCAAUUGUAUUUGGGUUAUUAAAUACAUCCACUGGAACAACUAUUAGAGUCUUCAAAAACCUUAGAGUAUGUGGUGACUGCCACACUGCAACGAAAUUUAUCUCCAAGAUUGUUGCAAGAGAAAUUGUUGUGAGAGAUUCAAGUCGGUUCCAUCAUUUCAAACAUGGUCAGUGUUCUUGUGGAGAUUACUGGUAAUGCUUAGUGAAGCAAGCUAUAAACAUAGCCUUGCAUUAUAACAAGCCUCAUGGGUUCAAUUCUUGCUUAAAGAAGUAAUCAGAUUUUUCUCAGUUUCUGAAGAACUGUUGGUUGUAAGUGCUUGUGGUGCUAGCCAUCCUGAUGACUUGAUGAAAUCAAGUUGCUAAUUGUGUCACUGCCUAGAUAUACUGAUGCGGUAUUUGCUAUCCUCUGUAGCAAUUUCAGGAGGAUACAUAAUCGUGAACUGUAUGGCUGUGGAAGUUAGAAUGGGAGGCAGAAGAACAGAAAAUGCCGGAAGAGAGGAAUAUGCUUGAAAGAAAUAGAAGGCUGCUUUGCCAACACAAAAUGGGAGAGGUGGUCUUAUAAUAGAAGAUCCAUCGCAUUGGGACAUUCAACAUGAGCAUCUUGAGUAAUCUGUUUGAAGAAGAAAAGAUACAAAAGUUGUAGAUUUCCUGACCAAGAUACACAGUAUGAGAUCCAAGAUAUAGAAGGAACAAGAAAUCAAGUAGGCGUGGUGCCACUGGGCCUUUUUGGGCUUUUCCUUCUUAUCUGUUUGCUGGCUAUCUGUGGGUCCCUAAGCUGUUUGGCCUCGUGGACAUUAUUAAAGCAUUCAUUCAUUCGAUCAAUCAAUUUAAUCCUCAGAGGUUGAUAUUUCUUUAUUGUUCUGUAUAAGUGGGUUUUUUUAUUUUGAUUAAUUUGGCCAAUAGGCCAUUAUACAAUAAAA